AUUUCUACUUCUCACAUGCUGAAAAGUUGGCUCUGGAAUUGAUUAUAGACUGUAUCAUACACACCUAGCAGCAUUAACUAUGCACAUUCUUCUGCUUCUUAUAGUCACAUCUGGAUUGGUGUUACUUCAGACAACUCAGGGUGUGACUACAAAUCUUGAACCAGAUGCAGACUUCCUCGAAGAGGCAAUGGCUGACGGCUUUAUAGUCAGCACUAAAGAGCCAACCAAAACUGAGAUACCACGUGAUAAUCACCAUGCCGUUAUUAACCAUGACUCACUUAACCCAGAAGCAAAUCGAUCCCCGUUUCAGAAGGAUAGUCUGCCAACAAUAACUACAGUGAAAACCCCAGAAGCUAGUACGAAACUCUCCACUGGAAAUACUAACGAACUUCCAAAGAAUGAGAAUGCUACUGUUUUGAUGAAAGUUGGCUCACACCAAACCACCACAUUGCCCCUGGAGGAGACUCUUGAAGGCUCUGGUAUCUUCCCUGAACAGAUUAUUAAGAAGGACACAUCAGUGACACACACCACCUUAGAAAAUGUUGAUAAAAAGGACUUUAGCAGCAAAGGUUCAGACAUGAUUUCAACGACUCUCAAUGAAGAGCAAGAAGGGAGUGGAUCUGGGAUAACCAACUUAGACUGGCUGACAACUACAUCAACCAAAAUUAAGAAAGAAGGAAGAAUUGCAGUUGUAUACAGAACAAAAGAAGAAGAAGAAAAACAUAGUCCAGAUCAAGAAAACAAAGUACCUAGCCUGACUACAUAUCUUAUGAAUAAUUAUGUAGAUGAGAUAAAAGUCACUGCAUCUCCACGGGUCAAAGAAGGCACACCUGACUGGCUGCUCAUCUUAGCAUUAUGCCUGACACUUGGAGCCGUUAUCUGUGUGCUUGCUGGGAUCGCCACCAAAGACAUGUGGUAUGGGCCUGGUAGGAAAUGCUUCAAUCCCAACUCCACAGACUCGACAAAUAAUCAGAAAUAUGACAAAGCAGCAACUCUCCGUCUAUCAGAGAAGGAAAUGGUGGCACUAAUGAGCACACAAAAGGAAGAGAGGAAAGACUGUACCACCAUCAGCAUUGAAGACAUUCCAGAAAAGGAAUAUCUGAUGUAGUACUAGUGGGAAUGAAAAGGAAGUAAGCCCUGAGCCCUGUGUAUUAAUCCAACAUGAGCUAAAAGCCAACGAGAUCAAGCUGGAUUAUUUUCUGGCUCAUUCUGUGCAGCCUGAUUUUUAGUGUUAAUGUGCUUCAUGGAUAAAUGCUUAUCACUUUACAGACAAACCACACUUUAAUGAAAUGCACUUCUCAUUGUAUAGACUUUCAGUUUUCACUUACAGCUAACAACUUAGUUUCUUGAUGUCUUCUUUAUUUUAAUCACAAGCAUGAAGUUGCACCUUUUUAUUUUAUUGCUUGAAAUUUUGAAAGAAAUUUGUUUGUUAAAGCUAGACGGCCUUUCGAGUUCAUAAAAUCAGUGAAAUUUAGUUCUCUCUGAGGUAACACAGUAGUAUAGUGGUUUGUAUUGUCGCCUCACAGUAAGAAGGUCCUGGGUUCAAAGGUGGCCUUUCUGUGCAGAGUUUGCAUGUUCUCCUCGUGUCUCUGUGGGUUUCCUCCGGGUGCUCCGGUUUCCCCCACAGUCCAAAGACAUGCAGGUUAGGUUAAUUGGUGGCUCUAAAUUGACCGUAGGUAUGAAUGUGAGUGUGAAUGGCUGUUUGUCUCUGUGUAUCAGCCCUGUGAUGAUCUGGCGACUUGUCCAGGGUGUACCCCGCCUUUCGCCCGUAGUCAGCUGGGAUAGGCUCCAGCUUGCCUGCGACCCUGCACAGGAUAAGCGGUUACAGAUAAUGGAUGGAUGGAUAGUUCCCUUUGGAAUUUGGUCAUUGUAAUAUGUUUAUUUAUGUAAUAUCUAAAAAUAUCCGGCCAUUCUGUGGUUGGGAAGUUAUUUAAUUUGAGGGAAUUCCUGAGCAAAUAAUGUGCAUGAAAUCACUCGCUUCGCACAGUCAAGCAGACAGAAGAAGUCUGUGUGCGCAUGCACAGGUUUACCUUCUUCUUCUUCUUUUGGGUUUUACGGCAGCUGGCAUCUACAGUGUUGCAUUACUGCCAUCUACAGGUUUACCUUUGACCGUGCACUCACAGUUACAUCAUUCUGUCGCUAAACGAACAGCUGAUCACACCGAUGUGCUCACUGACUGCCUAUAUUUAUUAGUUUGGCUUUGCGUUUCCUUUCCUUCGCAGCAUAACAUCUUUUCUUCUCGCUUUCCGUUACUGUGGUCGGUCUUUCACGUUCCAUUCGCACACUCAUGUCCUCCAUUUUGCUCUUCUGUUUCAAAUUUGUAUCCCACAAUGCCUUACGCAACUGGGGAAAGCCCAGCACAUGAUGCAUGACGUAGUGUCUUGAUUUGGGUCAUGGUGAAGCAGGAAAAAUAGCAAAAAAUUUAGGGCCACAUGGUCAUUAAGUUAAUUAAUUAAUUAAUUAAUUGCUCUAUUUACAAAAAAAAAUUGGAAGUCUGUGAUUUGAAUUCAGUAGUUUUCAGUCCACUAAACUUAAAUAAUUUGGUGUCAGGGAAAAUUCUUUUUAUGACCUACAUUUGAAAAAUCUGAAAGGCAGCCUACCUUUAAUUAAUCACAGUGAACAACUAGAGAAUUGCUAGUUAAAAUGUUAUUAAACUAUUAUGACAUUUCUUUUUACACUAUUUCACUAUUAUUAUUUAUAAAUACCCACCUGUAAGUACUGUGUACUAAAAUAUAAUGCUUUCAGAAAAUCAAGCACGGAACAAUGAAAUGCUACAUUUAUUUGACAUGCAUACCUGUUUGUUUAAGGAAUUAAAAAUGCGCUUAAUUGGUAAUAAGAAGAGGACCACAUGAGGUACGAGGACCACGUACUCUUAUAGGCACAGUAACAUGAGAAAAUAAUGUGUGAGCUCCUUUUGCUGGUCCCCAUGUUUACAUGUACAAGGCUCCUAUUUACAGUCUGUCCUAUUCUUUCAAUACAUUUCCCAUUAUUGGGAACAGAAUGUUUGUUCCCAUUUCAUCUUUAAUUCAUGUGGGGUUGGUGAGGUGGAAAGGACAUUGUCUUAAUGAAGUGAAUGAAACAAUUUAUUGAACCAUAUGUCUUUUAGUUUAUUGGAGUUCAAAAUAAAAGACGUUCUCAAAUAAA